GCUCGGGGAAUCGGGCGCGUCCUCAGGUUGCGGAUAGAGGAACGGCCUGCAGAUAUGCAGGUUAGCCGCGAAAUAAGCAGUCCAAUAAUUUGGACUGACGAAUAAGCGGUCGCGGACAGCGAGCCCCUCGUUCGCUCGUUAACCCUGCAGAUAUGCAGGGUAGCCGUGAAAUAAGCCACAUUAAAGUGGACGAAUAAGCGGUAGCGAUCGAGGGUAAUUUCACAACGGGCAGGUGGGCCCGAUAGCCUGGUAAGGCUACCACCUAGGUGAAGGUAACAUCGAAAACAAAUCCCCUGGCGGCAGGUAAAACGCAGGGAAGGACACCUUCAAAACCAAAUAUGGAAGGACACCAGGAUAAAAAAACUGUUACGGUGCCAGGAGUUUCGGAGACUCCAGGACCGGCUGGGGAGAGUGCUAACGCAGGCUUGACCCGGUCGUUAUCCAGCGACUGCGGAAAAACCGUUGGACUGUUGAGGCAGGGUCCAGGGGGCGUUCGCGCCCAAGUUACUGCUGGAGGAUGUGGGGAGCAAGCAUCCUCCGGUGUCCUUAGGGACACCGAGGUUACUGCCGGAAGUGUAGAUCUCAACCGCGAUGUGGUAGAUGAGUGGUCGGGCAUCAGGGGUCGUUUCUGUAACGACAUCCCUAUGUCCCGCUCUGAAUUUGACAGAUGGUCAAACCUAGAGAACCUAGAAGGCGUACGGAUGGAGUGUUUUCCGCACGGGGGUUUCCGGUCGCCCGCAGACUUUCGCAGUUCGGUGACCUCCAUCCUCAGAAUGAUGAGAGAUGACCUCUCCGCCGGUGUAGGGUUUAGUCCCGAACGGGUUAUACCUUAUAACCCCUUUGAGGGGAUAGAGGAAGAGGAAGAAAGGGCCAACCUUAUGUCUCGCUGCGUGUCGGCACUGAGGGGCGGUAGCGACACCGCGACCGACCGUGUCGUGCAAGCCACCAAGCUCGCCCUCAGCGAGAUCUUGUCCCGGCACAUGAGUAACCCUACUCUUGUCGCCGCAGGCACGGGUCUUGGAGAUGCAGUGGACGCAUACGAGUAUGCCAGCUGGUUAGCCCAGAAGGAAAGUGCUUCGGGAUACUCACCCGUGGAGGGACCUAGUCUGCCCGAACUGGUGAGCGGUCCAAACACCGAUGAAGAUGAUGUGAUGCGUACUGGUCACGGACCAGGCGGGGAGGAAGCUGAGCCUUCGUUAGGAGAAGAAGGCGCAUCGCAGAAACGGUCUCCAGCACUCAGCCCCCUCCGGAUGGAGACGCCCCCAAAGCGUCAUCCAGGGAAGAGGAGGGCGGUGGUACGGGAAGACGAGAGUGAUGAUGAGGAGACGUUUGACGCUGGCCUCAACCACCUCGUCUCUCUCUCAAGAGCCGCGGAGGUAGAGGGAAGCCUCAUGAAGGAGGUGCCAAAUACUCAUUUGGCAUUCCUUCUUGAGCAGAUAGCCCUGUCGUGCCAGGCUUUGACUGAGUUAAGAAGCUCAGCUGAACCACGCUGGAAAAGGAGGAAUGACACUGCGGAGGAAAUGACUGCGACUCCGACCAUGGUCAACGAAGUCGCCGACCAAGUCAGAGUACUCCGUGGUGUCAUCGACAAACGGAGAGGUAUGGGAGUCCAUAGAGAGGUCCAGGAAGCGACAAAGAAACUCGAAGCGGUACUGGAGGGAGAGAGGAGAAGAAAGCCAUCGUCAAGAGUUGGGGUCCAUCAGGCCCCACCCGAUGAAAGAGCAAUGCUGGGUCGGGUUGAGAAGGUACCCACCAAGGAAGCGGGAACACAAACGGAGCACCCCGAGGCUGCAGUGAGCGCCAGCGAACUGAGCACCGGAGUCGCUGCGUCGAAUACCCUUGGGGAGAGCGCACCGGACGGCGACCUGCCUCCCACCGCCAAGGUGGUCAAACGGGUACGGAAACGCAGGCGUAAGAAAGCUAAUGGCAGGAACGAUGGUGAAGCGGGUGUCGCCCCACAAUCGCAGACUGCGGUUGCGGCGGGCGUCCCAGAACGUGGUAGCGCCUGCGGUGCCACCGCAAGAUACGUGGUCGGACGUAGUCCGCCGUAA